AUGCGUUCUGAUCUUGAUGAAACUUCAGAGGAUGAAUUGUUAGACCUUCUCACCUGUCACCGACCAGCUUCUCUUGGGCCAUAUGCAUGGGAGCGGCCGUCAGCCGAUGUGCAUCAGAACCGGAAGGUUGACCAUGGACACCCAGUGCACCCCACGAAAGAUGGCCACAUGAUUUUGGAGGUGAAGCAUGCAGUUGGUGGAUACCACGUCACACCACGUGAUGAGUUUCUACUUCAUGAUGAGUUGAAACUUCUGAGUCGAUCACGGGAUGUCUUUGGAAAAAUUUCCAUGGACCCCUGUAUGUCCUACAGGUUACCAAAACCAGGAUGUACCGCUGGAAGGGUGUUGGAACACUCCAUUACAACCAUCAAUCGUUUCCUGGAGAAGUAUUCACCGAUGACGUUUAAGCUGGGGAUAACACAUGAUGCCCACCAUCGAUGGUAUUGUCCAAUGUACGGGUACCAGCACUCCAAGGAUCGUUUUGACAGACUCCAUGUAGUAUAUGCAGCGUCAAAUCCUUAUUCUCCUGCUAUGCUAGAAGCAGCCCUCAUCGACCGCUUUAAGAGUAUCCGAGGAUGCAAGAAUGUGCUGACUGGCGGCGAUCGAGCUGGCAGUGAUUUUGACGGCGCCACUUGCAGAAGCCAGAUUCUCACAGCCCAGGCUGUGGUUCAGGACAUUGGUCAGGCCUUUGGACCCGACUUGCUGGGGUUGGCCGUGAUGAGCAUUCAACAGCUCGAGCUCUCUGGGCAGAGUUUUGGGAACGGUAUCGAGUGGUUCAACCGCAUUUCCAGUUGUUUGACAUGGACGGGAUAG